AUGAUCAGGAUAUGCAGGCUCAGCAGAUCAAAUGGUUCCCCUCCGCCCCCAAACAAGACUCCAACAUAUCUCGGCAUUUCCGAAUGUGGCUCAACGUCAAAGCCAAGGACCAGUCACUCCUCAACGUCACCACCACAAGACAUCAUCCGGAUAUGCGCCCAAGAGCCUCAAGAACCUCGGUCCAAGAUAUCAAAUCUUAUCAAUCUAACCUCUAGAGCAUCUCAAAUCACACUAGAAGCCGAAAUCGCAGCUUUGCCACGUCUUAACCCCCACCAGAGCUCAACUAGCGCGGAGAAUUCUGCUCGUGAGAGCCUCAAUGGUGAUGGUGGCAUGGAAGAACUGAUUGAUAAGGAGUGGGGCGAAACGCCAAGACCAUGA